CCUUGUUGUUUGACUGCAGCCCUCAGAAAUGAGCGAGGAGAGAGUAAUAUACACAGAGCUGAAAUCAGCCCAUUCAAGGCAACAGGACAAAAGACGUCCAAUGUUUAAAAGGAGAGGAUUUCCAUGGCAUAUCGUUGCAUUAACCCUGGGAUUUCUAUGUUUGUUCCUCCUGCUGGCAAUCACAGGCUUAGGAUAUAUGUUUUUUCACAGGUGUUCUGGAGAAAUCAGGCAAGAUAUGAAAGCACCAGAAGACAAGAAUGCUUCCUUAGCAGAAGUUGAAGAUCACUUAAUUUUACUACCCACUACAGCAUGGAAUGAAGACGAUGACACAUUUCAAGGAAAAUGGUACUGCCGUGGAAAAAGCUGUUACCACUUUUCAAAAGAGGAGAAAACUUGGGAGAGGAGCAUGGUGUCAUGCCAAGAUCUGCAGGCUAGCCUCCUGAAGAUUGAGACUAAAGAGGAGCAAGUCCUUACUCAAUCAAAAAUAAAAUACAAUCAUUGGAUUGGAUUAAUUAGGGUUCAAGAAGGCAGAUAUCCCUGGCAAUGGCUGGAUGGCUCACCCCUAUCUCAGAAGCUGAAUUUCCUACAGAGUCUAUCUGAUGUGAAAUGUGGACACCUGAGACCAUCAUCUAUUUAUAGUGCUGAUUGUAGUAAAAGCUUCCGUUACAUUUGUGAAAAGGAGUUCUCUGGCCCUGAUAAUUAAAGAAGCGCUGUGAUCAAAUGUUCACUAUUUUCAUUCUUUAACAGCUGUAAGGAAAAACACAGGGUAUUCGCUCAAAUUAGUCAACUAUGCAUGACGUAUGAAGGAUUAUGAUCUUUCACACAUCCCUCAGCAUGGAUAAAAGAGUAAGUUUUAGAAAUAGUAAAAUCAUCCAUCCAAAAAUGAAGCUUCUUUUUUUUUUUGAAAUUUCAAGAACCCAUCCAUCAGAGAAUGUGAAAACAGUUUGAGUGUAAGACUUUACGUUUAAAAUAUAACUAAAUGGUCUUGAUUUAAAUAGGUAGUGAAUACAUUUGCAAUGUUCACAGUGUAAGAGGUCCUUAACGAUGAACACAUCCUCUCAACCCAUUUUGUACUCUAUUC